AUGGAUUGUAACAAUUUUCUCAAUGAUAAGGAAAUUCUUAAAGAUUAAGAUCAAAUCUAAUAAAUUAUAAAUACAAUCACAAUCAACAAACAUCUCUUUAAAGAAGAUCUAAUUUUGGAUCUCAAUGCUGUUCUUGGUUUAAUUCCUAUUUUAUUGAUUAGAUUAUGGGUAAAGUCUGAUUUAGCUAUGAAAUCUCAUGAUCAUGUACAUAAAAUCAUAAUAUCUAAAAUAACAGAAAAUGUAUCACUGAAAAUAAAAAAGGAAUUAAAGAAGUAUUUUUAAAUGUAAAGUUGAUAACAUCCUUUUUGCUAGGAUGAUCAAUUUGAUUUUCUAUCAGUAAAAUAUUUAAGAGUUAAUAAUUGCAAGAGACAAAUAACAAAAUUAAGAUGGACUUUUAUUAUUUUUGAAAGGAUAAUUGUAUCUCUAGUCUAGGAAUAAUAAUUGAUAUUUGCUUUUUUCCCCUUAAAAAGCGAUUCUUUUUAUGAUAUUAAUAUAAAAUGUAUGUAACAGUAAAUUAUAAAAUAAGAACCUCUACUUGAAAGCACUAGAAUGAUUUAUUAUAUAUUGAUCCUGUUUUAAUCUAUGAAGCUGAUUUAUUGA